AUGGCCUCGGAAUCGUCCUUAAUUCAUGGCCCUCAGCAGCCUGCGCUGUGGGAUACGAGUCUAGGACGCCUGAUUGACGACCAAGGGGCGCGCUUCAGCGACCGACCAGCUGUCAUUGUGCCAUGGCAAAAUGCCCGCUUCUCAUAUCGUCAACUGUGCGAUCAAAGUAAAGUAGUUGCUACAGCACUCUUGCGAAUCGGCCUUCGCCAUGGUGAUUGCGUUGGUGUGAUGGGAGGCAAUCGCCAUGAAUAUGUCGAGGCGUUCCUUGGUGCGGCGCGUAUUGGAUGUCCUGUUGUGGUGUUGAACAACACGUACACGCCCAAGGAGCUGGGCAAUGCCGUCGGUCAAUCUUCAUGCAAACUGGUGUUUAUCGCCACGCACAUUGGCACCCGCAGUUUAGGCGACCAUAUCGCCCUGCUCCGGGGCAAAGAACAACUCAAUCCGAUACUCCCAGACCUUCAACGUGUGGUGUGUUUUGGGUCUCAGCAAGUUGGCGGUGUGGGUGUAAAUAUCGAGGAUUACAACACAUUAUUAUCUCGUGGUACUCCUAGAGAUGACAGCGUGCUAGAACAUGCACAGAAUGCUGUGGGCCCAGAAGACGUCCUGAAUCUGCAGUUCACCUCAGGAACUACGGGAUCCCCCAAGGCGGCCAUGCUCACCCAUAAUAACAUUGUCAACAAUGCGCGAUUUGUCGGACGCGCCAUGCACUUGACGCCCGAUGAUAUCAUCUGCUGUCCCCCGCCUCUCUUCCACUGCUUCGGCCUCGUCAUGGGCUUCCUGGCAUCCUUCUGCCACGGCAGUGCCAUCGUGUUCGCAUCUGACAGUUUCCAUGCUCCUAGCGUGGUCGAUACCGUGGUUGACUUCGAUGCCACGGUUCUCCUCGGUGUGCCGACCAUGUUCGUCGCCGAGCUGGAAGUCAUGGCCAAAACCGGGCAAAAGCCGCGCCGUCUGCGCACGGGACUGGCCAGCGGGUCGUCUGUCUCGCAGGCUCUCAUGAACGAGCUGCGCGCGAAGAUGGGCGUCGACAAGAUGUUAAUCGCCUACGGCAUGACGGAGACCAGCCCGGUGACGUUCAUCUCGGACAUGGAGGAUUCGGACGAGAAGCGAACCACCACCGUCGGACGUCCCAUGCCGCACACGGCGGCCAAGGUCAUUGAUCGAAAGGGAGAGACACUGCCCCGAGGUCAUCGCGGCGAGUUGUGUACCAGCGGGUAUGCCUUGCAGAAAGGGUACUGGAAGAAUCCGGCCAAGACGGAAGAGGUGAUGAAGAGGGAUGCGGAUGGACGUUUAUGGAUGUACACCGGGGAUGAGGCCAUGAUUGACGAUGAAGGAUUCGCGCUCAUCACGGGCCGGAUCAAGGAUAUCAUCAUCCGAGGCGGUGAAAAUAUAUUCCCCCGAGAAAUCGAGGAGCGCCUGGUGGCUCAUACCGCCAUCACUGAGGCCAGCGUGGUAGGUAUUCGCAACAGCCGAUAUGGCGAGGUCGUCGGCUGUUUCCUCCGCGCCAUCCCAGGACAGCCCCGACUAACCACUCCGGAGGUGCAACAGUGGGUUCGCGACAUGCUCGGUCGCCACAAGACUCCUCAACAUGUGUUUUGGCUCGGCGACCCGCUGGUGGGGGAAGAUUUUCCCAAGACAGGGAGUGGGAAGCAUCAGAAACACUUGCUUCGCGAUAUUGGGAACCGCAUUGUCCGUAGUGAGCAGGGUGCCAAGCUGUAG